UCUAUCGCUGUUGUCAGAGGAACAGGGUUUUUACUGCUCUAAGUUUAGUCUUUCAGGCUUACCAACUCACCCCGCCUCAUUCGCCACGAUUGGCGGACGUAAACGCAAACUAUAUAGCCUGCGACGUCGCGACGCUUGCGUCUACCUGAGAGGUUAAACUCAGGGAAACGUGCUAGUAUCUUCUCAGUUUCCGGAAGAUCAUUGUAGCCUUCCUAAAAGAAAGAAAAUGGAAUCCUGAAAUCGUACUUAGCGAAACAGUCGAGCGUCUCUGAGAAAACAUUAGAAGAACAAUUUGGAAGUACGAUUACGUCGGUACGAACAUUGUCGAACAGCUGGAUCUUGCCGAAGAUUGGAGAGUAUUCACCCAACCUCCUUCCCAUCUGAAUCAAUGGAAGGGUCUGACAGUUUAGAGCAGAGUGGCAGUGACCAGCCAGAGUCCCAGCGCAGGAGGCAGCUGGACCGCUUGGACAGGGAGGAGGCCUUCUACCAGUUUGUCAACAAUCUAAGUGAUGAUGACUAUCGUCUCAUGAGAGACAACAAUCUUUUGGGCACCCCAGGAGAGGUCACAGAAGAUGAGCUGUUUAGUAGACUUCAGCAAAUAAAGGAUGGUCCAGAACAGCAGAAUAACAGUACUACUGCCCCCAGCACCGAAAGUGUAGAAGAUCCAGUUGAACCACCAGAAAACUCUGAGGAUCCUGCCAAUGGGGAUAGUCUCUUAGACUGGCUGAACACAGUAAGGCGCACAGGCAACACAACUAGAACUGGUCAUCGUGGAAACCAGUCGUGGCGGGCCGUAAGCCAGACCAACCCAAACAGUGGCGAUUUUCGCUUCAGCCUGGAAAUCAGUGUGAAUCGUAACCUGGCUGAACAGCAGGCAGCUGCUGAAGGGGAGCAGGAGUCUCAAGAGUCUCCAGAGGGCCAAGAAGUGGUGGCGAAUGCUGAUCCACUGGUGGCGAAUGCGGAUGCACUGGUGGCGAAUGCAGAUGCACUGGUGGCGAAUGCGGAUGCACUGGUGGCGACUGCUGAUGCACUGGUGGCGACUGCGGAUGCACUGGUGGCGAGUGCUGAACCGUUGGUGUCUAGUGCUGAACCGCUGGUGUCCAGUGCUGAACCGGUGGUGUCACGUGCUGAACCGCUGGUGUCACGUGCUGAACCGCUGGUGUCCCGUGCUGAACCACUGGUGUUCCGUGCUGAACCGCUGGUGUCCCGUGCUGAGCCACUGGUAUCCCGUGCUGAGCCACUGGUGUCCCGUGCUGAACCACUAGUGUCCCGUGCUGAACCACUAGUGUCCAUUGCUCAGCCUCUGGUGUCCACUGGCUCAGCAAUGGUGUCCCUUGCUGAGCCACAGGUGGCCAUUGCUGAGCCACAGGUGACCAUUGCUGAGCCACAGGUGACCAUUGCUGAGCCACAUGUGUUUAUUGCUGAGCCACAGGUGCCCAUGGAGACGGAAGUGGUGGAAGAACCAGUUGUAGAGGAAUUGGCUGUCAUAGUGGAACCAGAGCCUGAAUUAGAAGAAGUUGUUUCACAAGAGAUUUUUGGAGAACCACCCAGGUCACCUGUCGCCCUAUCGGUACAGCCACCACUUUCUCCUUCUCCACGCAGAGGACAAAGGAGAGCUCGCAGCCGUAGUCCAGAACCACGCAGGACUAGAGCCCGUACUGCCAGGAGCCGCUCCCCUCUCAACCUGGAUCAGCAGGAUGGUUUUCGUAAUCCAAAUAAUGCUCACAGCUCUCAAGGCCUCAACUCUGCCACCAAUACACCCCUUGAGCCUCAAGUGGAGGGCAGUUCCCGGACUCGACAACAUGUUCUUUCUAGGCAAAGCACUGCUGACACUGAGGUUCAGCCAUCUAGGGCUGGUGCAGAAACGGUCCCAGAGGCCCAAAAUAUGGGAUCUCAGGAAGGAGAAGCUGCUGGGGGCGAAGUGGGCGCAGCAGGGCGCCGCCCCCCUACUAUUAUGCUUGAUCUUCAGGUGCGCCGUGUGCGUCCAGGCGAAUAUCGUCAGAGAGACAGCAUUGCUAGCCGAACCCGCUCGCGCUCCCAGAACUCAAACAACACAUUUCUUUAUGAGAGUGAGCGUGGUGGAUUUCGUAGGACUUUCUCUCGCUCCGAGCGUGCUGGUGUAAGGACCUACGUCAGCACUAUUCGCAUCCCUAUCCGAAGAAUCUCUGAUGCAGGUUUGGGAGAGGCAACCUCAAUGGCUCUCCAAUCUAUGAUUAGGCAGAUAAUGACUGGUUUUGGUGAACUCGGCUACCUCAUGGAUUCAGACUCUGAUUCUUCAGAUUCAAACCGUGGAGUUAGCACACCUGCAGAUCUGGCUGAAUCCCUCAACAACCCAGAUGUUGCUCCUGUUGCUGCUCCUGUUGCUGAUGUUGAUGAACCACCUGUGGCUGCAGGAGUCAGGGUAAGGACAGCUGAAUCUGAUAUUGAUGAGGGCCUUGCUACUGCGCCACCUCCCUCUGGGGGCAGGGCUCGGCCUAGACCACCUAUCAGCCUGGAGGAGCCCAGCUCACUGCCCUUCCUGCGGCUUGCCCACUUCUUCCUCCUAAAUGAUGACGACGAGGACCAGCCCCAAGGGCUGACCAAGGAGCAGAUUGACAACCUCUCAAUGCGCAACUUUGGUGAAAGUGAUGCCUUGAAGACUUGCAGUGUAUGCAUUACAGAAUAUGCAGAAGGUAACAAGCUACGUAAGCUGCCCUGCUCUCACGAGUAUCAUGUGCACUGCAUUGAUCGCUGGCUCUCCGAAAACUCAACUUGUCCCAUCUGCCGCAGGGCUGUCUUGGUAUCGGCCAACCGGGAGAGUGUGGUGUAGCUUAUUAAAGACUCCAGGCCUUUUUGUCUCAACCUAAGUAAUCAAAUAUCCCAAGUCCAAAAGAGGCUUUGAAUGUGUCUCCACUGUUGAAAUGUAUUUCCUUCAUGCCAUUUGUGAGUCUGACCAUAAUGCAUUCACAGAUUUGAUUCGGGGUGCUCCAUACAGUGACACUGGGACAGAUUCAGUCUUUAGUAAGACAAUUAUUAUUGCAGUCCAAAGUUAGGCACAAGCAAUGCAUGCUGUUUGAAUCAACUUGUAGUGACCAAGCAGUCUGUUGCAUUGCAUUAAGCCAUGCACACAAGCAGACUGGUAUCUCUUAAAGAAUCCCCGGAACAUCUGCUCUUUUGUAUAACUCGUAAAUGGCGCCUUAUAUACCGGAAGUUGGGUAUUGGUACAGUUCUUAGUUCCUCAAGUUCAAAGUAUUAGCUGUAAAUAAGCUUGUAAAAAUAAGUUUGAAUCAUACUUUGUAUUAGUGAAUUGGUUUGGAAUUGUAAAUUAUCUCCAUAAAGAAUAGGGUUGUGUUUGCUGCAAUUACACUCUAUCAGAACAUCUCUAAAUUUGCUGUUGAACAAAUAAGUGGCAUUUGGUACACAGCAGAAUUAUUUAGAGUUUGUGAUGUCCAAAGGAUGUAGGACAUAAAUUGGUUUGCCAUUAACAGUGUGACUUGUGCGCUCCCUUUUUUGUUUACUUAAAAGAAACGAUCUACUGUUUUGGGGUGGCAUUUACCAUGAAAACUCUGUGAUGAAUUGUUUAAAAUUGAUGUACAGACAUAAGGGAAAGAUUAAUCAAACCAGGCUAGUUUUUCAAAAUGUCAGUUUAUUUUGAAAUCAUUGCAUCUUUAUUUUCUUGAUCCUUAAAAACAAUUGAGUAGUAUUCUUACCAGAAAUUAAGGAUGCCUCAAUAUUGGAAGUUGAUAUCAAGGUAUCAUGUGAAUUUACAGACCUCAAAAUUAGUAUAACGAGUGUGACAUGUCAAACAAUUUGAAUAUACUUGCCUUUUUCCCCAAAUGUAAACAGAGGCUUACUUUUUAAUGUACAACAAGGAUUUCACAAUCAUAUGUUCCAUCAUUGUUAUCAUUAUCUACUGGUUUGUCUUUUAAUUAUUGAUUGACGAACUAAGUUCUCUAGGAUGGUAUUGGCAUUGAUUGAAAUGACCAGAAAUUGACUUCAAAUGAGAUGUUAACCCAAACCAGAUCUCUUUACUCGGAUGUCCAGCUCAAUGUACACGUGACAACUUAAAUUAUUAAUCGAAGGGUUUGAGUGUCACAGAUUUACCAAUUCACACAAUGUUCCUCCUGUCAUAGUAAGGCCCCAGUCGAAAGUCAAGAGGCUCACCUACUGUGCCCUCCUCCUGCCCCAUGAGCAGAUGCUCUGUAUCAGUGUGCAAUACAUGCUAAAGUGAAAGUAGGGAAAUACAAACCAUGAUGCUAUUGUUAAAAACUGUUGUUGAUGGCUAAAAUCUUAAAUGAAGACUUAUUACCUUUUUUAAAUGUGUUGAAGUUAUUUUAUUAUAUUUUGAAGUUCUGUAGGUUUUAAUAGCACUGUUGAUCAGGAACACUGGCUAAAGUAAGAAAAGGGCAUCACUAUUAAUGCCAUCCUGUCAUGUUUCUUCUUCCACUGUUUGAUGUCUUUGCCACAAUUAUUACUUCCCUUUGUGGGACAUAAAAGUUUGAAUGCAAGACAUUGUCAUUGUUGAAUAUCAUAAAUAUGUAAAUGAAAUGUAUGUUCCCUCUUAAGCCAUUCUUUAGUUUUGGCCUUGUUCUGUGUCACCCAGUGCAGUAUGUUAACUGGGUGUUAAAUGAAACUAACCGCUGAAUUAAACAAGUUGUUACGCUACAAAGUGCAUCGCAGAUAUGCAUUCUGUACACUC